AUGUGGUCAGCUUUUGUGACAAUUAUCCUAGGGGCUCUGCCCUUGCUGGUUCACGGGUUAGCAACACUUGCCAUUCCCACAGAUGGGUAUCUCGUUGUGGAUCAACUGCAGAAUGUCCCAGUCGGUUGGAUGCAACAGUCUGGUCCCCCGUCAUCAACCCCAAUGCGAUUCUGGUUGGCGAUGCGCAAGCCGGACCUUUCUCAGUUCGAGCAGCAAGUGAUAGCUCGAUCGACACCUGGUCAUCCGGACUACGGUCGUCACCUGACAAGAGAAGAGCUCCGGGGUUCCAUGCGUCCUUCGGACGAGGCUAUGGCCAAAGUUCGUUCAUGGCUGGAAUGGGAGCAUGUGCCAGCUGAGUCAAUUGAAGAUCGAGGUGACUGGCUUACGUUCACCGUUCCCUUAUCGCAGGCAGAGUCGAUGAUGAAGACACGAUUCAGCUACUUCUAUUACCCGAGCACGCAAACGACUGCCGUCCGGACCCUCGUAUACUCAGUCCCAGAGGAGAUUUGGCCGUUCGUCCAGCUCAUCCAGCCCACAACACGGUUCGGCGCCCCUCAAGCCCAAGAUAGCCCAGAGACCUUUGUGCCGGUUGCGCUUACGGCAGAGGACCUCACGGGCAAUUGCUCGAUGACCGUGACUCCUGCCUGUCUGCGCCAGUUGUAUGGUAUCGACGAUACUGAGAGCAUCCCCGACCCACGCAACCGACUGGGUGUCUCGGGCUUUCUAGAGGAAUAUGCACGCUACAACGACCUCGAGCAAUUCCUGGCAAAAUAUGCCCCGGAUCAAGCCGACGUCAAUUUCACGGUUGUCUCCAUCAAUGGUGGGCGUAACCUGCAGUAUUCACUAAUUCCGUCCAGCGAGGCUUCCCUUGACGUCCAAUACGCGCUGUCGCUGGCAUACCACGCAUCAGCUGUCUAUUACACGACUGCAGGCCGUGGUCCAAUGGUGCAAGAAUCCGGAGCACUGACCGUAGACGAGUCGACCAACGAGCCCUACCUGGAGCAAUUACACUAUCUCCUGGACUUACCAGACAACGAUCUCCCUGCGGUUCUUAGCACCUCCUACGGGGAAGAAGAACCAUUCGUGCCUGCGGCAUACGCCGAAGCCGUGUGCAAUCUAUUCGCGCAGCUGUCUGCACGCGGGGUCUCCGUCAUCUUUAGUAGUGGCGACUGGGGCCCUGGCGAUACCUGUGUGACGCAUGACGGGACACAUCGGACUCGGUUCCAGCCUGUCUUCCCUGCAUCCUGUCCGUUUGUCACGUCAGUAGGCGGCACGGAGGGCAUGGACCCAGAGUCGGCCGUAUCCUUCUCGGGAGGUGGGUUCUCCGACAUCUUCGCGCGGCCAUCUUACCAAGAUGCGAGUGUCACAAGCUAUCUCCACAAACUCGGGGACCGCUGGGAAGGACUUUACAACCCCCAGGGCCGCGGCAUCCCGGACGUGUCCACUCAGGCCAACAACUUUGUACUCGUGGAUCACGGGGAGUAUAUGAAGACGGGAGGUACCAGUGCCGCGGCGCCUGUCUUCGCCGCUAUCAUCUCCCGAUUGAACGCCGCACGGCUGGAGCAGGGCAAACCAACUCUAGGCUUCCUCAAUCCAUGGCUGUACUCGCUUAAUCAGAAGGGAUUUACGGAUAUUGUCGACGGAGGGUCAAUUGGCUGUGAUGAUCCGUCGGGAGCGCAAGUACCGUAUGCCGGGUGGAAUGCAACUCCGGGUUGGGAUCCGGUGACGGGGCUGGGGACACCAUACUAUGAGACACUGCUGGAGCUUGCUUUAGAAGCUUAG